AGCAAAAGGCGCUGUGUUCGCCUCCUGAGGCACUCCCUCGAGACAGAGAGGCCUAAGGGCUGCCGCACGCAUCCCAAACGAAGGGCUCAGCACCUUUGGGCAGCCUCCCCACGCCGCCGACGCGCCCCAAGCAGCUACCCUACCAAGAGCACAUAAAAGAUGAGCGCCACCCUCAACAAGGACCUCGACGAAGCGCGCUUAGAAUUGGCCAAGGCCCAGGCCCAGAAGAAGCGCGAACUCCGUAAAUUAGAGAGUGGCAACAAGGGCGUCCUCGCGGCAUUAGGCGUCGGCGCCGUGCAGCAGCACGCCGGGGCGAAUUUCGUGAGCGUCGAGGCGUCGGCGGAAUACGCCAAGGAGAAGGAGGCCCAGCGCGCGGCGAGGUACGCCGCGCAUCGGGCGGAACGGGAAGCCGCAAAAGAAAAACUAAGGGAGGAGGAGGCCGCGCGCAAAAAAAAGGAGAAAAAAAGGGGCUGGUUCGCCGCGAAGAAGAAGAAGAAGAAGCCGAAGCCUGGUCCUAGACAGGUAUUGAUGGAGAAGACGUUGCGGGCGGCCUACGCACCUACCUAUCUGCGCAUCGAGAACACCGGCGAAGUGUGGAAAGAUGAAUCCGAGUUCCGGCUACUCGUUGUCAGUAAAGCCUUCGAGGAUCUGAAGGGGACGCGACGGAAGCCGGGCGGUCGGGAGCCCGAGUCGAUGGACUGGCUGCUGCGCUGGCGGAAGGUGCUCGACACGAUCGAAGCCGCCUUCAUCGCGCAUAAGAAGGACAUCGACGUGUCUACGCUGUACCCCGUACCGCUCACGCCAGCCGAGUGGGACGGCGAGGCCACCGUGCCCGUCGAGCCUUCACAGGUAGGUGAAUUAGGUAUUGGGGCGUGGGGAUCCUCGUCUUCCGAAGAUUCGGAUUCGGAUGCUCCACCAAAAGUCAAUCCAAGAGACCAGUGGAGCUGUUUAAAUGACCCGGCGAACAUCUGGUUGCUGUCGCGGCCCGAGAGUGAAGUGUUAGGUCCCCAGAACCACGGCGAAUCGAGGGAGGCCACGCUACCGCAGUGGGUCAAGGACUACGGCACGGAAAAGUGGACUCGUGAAUAUGGUCCAUUAAAUAAAAAGGCCUCGGCCAAGGACUACUGUACAGCACCGGUGACGGAUUUUACUACCGAUAAUUUUCCAGGGGUGGUGGAUGCCAACCAGUGGGUCGAGGACGCGCGCUGGGACGUGGCCGGGCCUACCUCAGCUAGGUUCCAGCGGGACAAGAUUUCUUCCGCGGCGGCGUCGGCGAACAACAUAAGGUUUCACUAGUUGUGUAUUAAACCUGCACGCACCC